CGAUGAUCCAACAGCUGCAAUUUCGUUUUUUACCCACUAGAAAAAUCUGCGCCAAAACACAUAUUAAUUAUAACUACAGGGCGAAAUUAUAACCACUUUCGAAAGUAUUCAGUCAGACUGAAAAUUUACGUCCCUCUUGCUUCUUUGGAAUCUUGGACACGGUUCAACAUUUCAUCAAGGUUUGAGUAAGAUUAAGAGAAAGUUGUAAUUUUAUCGAGAUCUACAUCUAGAUCAUUGAAUUUGGUUUCUAUUCCUCGAAAAAAAACAUUGUUUUCCUACUUCUACGACUUGUUGUAGUUGUAAGUCGACUUGUUUUCUUCCGUUGAGUAAGAGGACCGAAGAUGGCGACUAACACGGAGAAGAUAGGAUCUUCAACGGCUGCAGGCGAGAAGCCUGGGAGCUCUAGCGACGUUUCGACCACAACCUCCCCUACCUCGACUACAUCUACUACCUCUUCCACCACCAUGCUCCAAGUGCAACCGAUCCUCGCCAAAGGACUCGGCGUGAAAGCUCGAAAGAAAAUCGAACGACACACUGUGAUUCACCGCGAGCGCCCUGUCUUGGCUAUGCCGGGAAGUCUGGUGGCAUCGAUUCAAGAGUCGGCGAACCUGGUCAUGCGUGACCAAGUGACUCACACUCUUUCAACUCGUUUCCUCGAGACAAGCCUGAAGGAGAUCAGCGAAAAAAACGGAGAGAACGAACGUUACAAGACGAUGGAGUUGCUUUAUGGCUUCUUGAGUUUGAAAAAGAUACAUAGCAACGACGGAUUUGCAUAGUUGUUCUCAACAUGAACAGUCGCACCUACCUUAAUGCUAUCACACGUACGCGUAGCUCACGACGUCGACACUUCUCUAUCUCUAUUUCUAUUACCAUGAGUAUGAGUAACAUUUAACUUUUAAGUGUACUAGUAAGUCCCUACUACAACUAUCUUGUGCGCUUUUCCUUUUCUUCUAACUUGCACGCUCCAUUCUACGAUUAGACGACUCCGCGGAUCACUUAGGCCUUCACGACAAUGAGGAGUUGAAGAAGCAACGAGCAUAUGCCGAGAAGGUGUUGGCUGAUCACGCAGAGGACAGGGACUUCUCGGGCAUCACAGCGGACAAGGAUUUCCCUAUCAUCUCCGAAAUAAUCAUCAAUCUCAGUCUUCUCCUGUCCGCUAAAUUUUGGUCAAACGCUGUCCCGGGCGCAGUCGAUGUUGAAACCGACGACGACGACGAGUAUUUGGUUUUGUGCACUAAGAUUGUGCCUCGUUUCAAUCAUGCGUGUCGGCCUAACGCGAUUUACACCUGGAGACGGGAUAAAGAUGACGAUGGAGAUGUGGAAGAGGAGUUUGAUUUUGUGCAAGCUGGCCACAAUCAGGAGGGGGACAAGAAGCAAGAAAAUGGAAGGAUAUGCAUCGUUAUGUUGACACAUGAAGUUCUCCACUAACCUAUCAUGAUACCGUAAUCGGAGUCGGAGGUCGAGAUGAAUCAGAAGUAGAAGAAUGAUUCCUUCUUGUUCUUCUACUAGCCAUGAUCUUUUCGUAAAUUACGAUUUUUUGAUCCCUUGUUUCAUAUUACCACAAAGGGAAGACGAGGAGAAGGAGAUCUGCAUCUGCUAUCUCAGAAGUUCUUGUUCUACUACAGGCAUGAUGAUCAUCUUUCAGAAGUUUUACGAUUUUUGAGUGCAGCAAGUAGAAGUACAAGAACUUCUAAUAUGUUGUUGGGUAAGUAUAAGUAGAACUUUUCCACGAGGACAUGAUCUUCCCUUUCAUACCACUCGCUGUGCGCGACAUCGCAGAAGACGAGGAGAUCUGCAUCUGCUAUCUCACUGCCGAAGACUGUGAGUCCGAACAGAAGGUGCGUGAAGAAUGGUGCCAAGAAACUCUGGGGUUUUCUUGUCAAUGCGAUGUAUGCUCUGCUGCGAAAGCAAGAAUUGUAAGAACUACAACUGUCAAUGUGCCGGAAGAUAGCGGUGGUUCUGGAGGCUCUGGUGCUGGUACUUGUGCUGUUGCAACUCAUGGUUUUGGCGCUGAUGGCAGUCUGAGUAUCACUAGCUCUGAUGGUACUGCUAUGAAGGCUGGCAACAAAGACUUCCACAAAGCCAUGCUGAAUGGGUACGAGGAGUUCUUCAUCCCGCAUACGCGGAUGCUUCGAGAGGCAAUCAGCUCAUACAACAAAAUGGAUGAUAGGGAGAUAGAUGGAAUGUUGAGGAGCACAAAACAAAAGAGGAAGGAUUUUCACAAAAUGCUUCAAUCGAAGAUGCGAAUGCUUCUUCAAGCUUACAAAGGAUACGGCUUUUUGCUUCCCUGUCACUUGGGGCUGUUGGGAUUCGAAGCGUAUUCAUUUUAUGGCAUAUAAUAUAUGUAAUUUAUUUUUUUUGGAAUUUAUGUAGUACCACCUACUUCUACGAUCCUACUUAGUAUCAUGAGCCUUGCGGAAAGAACAAAAAAUAUCUUCAGGCGUCAUUUAUCUGCAGCUAUUCCUCUAAGCCACAUCAAUCCGUUUCAAUCUUGGCACCGAAGAAGCGAAGUUUUGGGCACAGAUACGGCAUCAAGCUGCUGUCGAUGACAAGGGCCCGAAUCAUCCGAUGUGCAAACUCCUGAGUCUCUGUGUGCGACAACCGGCUGCUAAUGUCGAGUCCCUAGCCAAGUUCCAGUUUGUGUUAAAAAAGUGUAAUAUGGAGAAUAGAUGAGAGGACUACUUGAAUCGAUGCCUAGAGGCUCUUGACAGAGCUUCUAUGUAAUAGAAAUGGCUUUUUAAUAUGCGUGAUCUGGUGAAACAGGAACAAUUGACAUUGUGAUACCAGGACCGACGCAGUUUCAAAAACCUCGUCAAAGUUUUCAUGUUUCCCCUUUUAUCAACGACAACGCAGUAUCCUAAUAUUCGCCACAACCUGAGGUUGCGCAAAUACGCACGGCGAGAACAAAAGGAAAAUCCAUCCUCCUAAGCAUCUUGUUCCCAUCGGAAACGUCGAUGCUGGAAGCGAGACAGCAAACGAACAUGAAAAACGUCGCCCAUCGAGCAUCAUACUACAGCUGUGGUAGUAAUUCCUUCCCUCCUGAAGAAUGUGUUCUGGGUAUUGCAAUCUUUUCAACUCUCUCAAUCACUUUCGUAGAUGUGGGCAAAUCGACGCAGCAAAUGAAAACCAAGGAAGAAGUACUGAAUAGAGGCACACAGAACCAGAAGACGAAAAAUGUUGUACUUACGAGUUUUUGAGACGUUAUGUAGUCCCGCUUCAAUAUUUCAUCUUCAUGAGACAUGCAUAUGCUGCAGGAAGAAGAAAGACAACAAGUCUACCCCGAUCGCAUUUCAUCUUCAUGAGACAAGAAGAAGAAAGACAACAAGUCUACCCCGAUCGCUAGUCAGCUCGAGCUCAUGCGUAAAAUAGCUUUUUGAUGACGUUUUCGUUUUCCAUUUCCUUUCAAAUUCAAUGUCUUCGACCUCCAUUACGAUUUCUUACCGUGUUGUACAUGACGCCCUCCAGGUUCAGCAGCACAAAGUUGUUUUUCAUUCAAAAUCUAAAAAAGUCUUCUGAGCGGGUGUAUGGGGCUUGGCAUGUGGAAAUUAUCGGUAGUAAGAGCCAUGUAAUUUGCGGCUUUUAUUCGUUUUCGCGCAUCUUUGUCCCACAAAGAAAAA